AUGACAAGUAUACCCAUAGAUGAGUAUAACUAAAUAUAAUCACUCGUUACUCAGGUUGCCUGUAACUAAAUGCAAUUCAAGCUUCACACGGCUUUAAUUGGAUCCUCAUCAUCCUAGAACACACGAUCAACAGUCACGCCACAUAUUUUACAAAAAAGCGACACAGCUUAUUCAUGAAUUUAUUACUCACCUAAACACACUACUUGGUCACACAAAUACAAAUCAAAUAACAUACGUCCAUCAAAAACACCCAUUGACGUGGCAUAAUAUUUUUCCGAGUUAUUCCCGAUAGCUUUCGUCCAUUAAACCAGAAUGAUAUUCUACGUGAAUGACAUAAGUGCACCUACACAUAAGGAUCAUGAAUAUGAUGAUCUGAUCUCUGAAAUUGAAUAUAGCGUCUCAUCUUGAUUCUAUCGUGUGUAUUUCCAUCUGACACACUUGUGUCGUGUGCAGUAUUUUUGUGUAGGUUUGGUUAUGCCGAUAAGUAACUAAAAGUGAGCAAGUUAACGUGAGUUGGAUGGAUUAGUGUUGUUGACUGGUUUUACAUAAUAUGAAGCAUACUACAACGUUACAUUUAGAGGCAUGUGUGUGUAACGCUCCGUUCAUAAGCUGAAGCUAACUUUGGGCAAACCUCAGUUUGAACACGACUGUCAAAUUGUGAUGACACAUAGUCAAAUCGGUCGGCAUUUGUAAGCAAAGUAAAUUGUCUGCAGCAAUAAUAUUAACCCUAUUGGUUGGCCUAGUCAGUCGUUAAUAAUACAAACUGCCAUACUAUUGCACGUAUUGUAAUUGUGGGAAAGUUGAGAAAACCAUUCUCAACAAAUAUCAGUGAAGCAAAACGUUGUUGUUUGUUCCGCUUGAUUGUGUAUAAUUCUGCCAAGGCAAAACUUCCACUUUCUUUUAAAUUUAAAAUUUGAAUCUCCUCUCUACAAAUUUGUGACCAUUUGUUUGUGACACACUGUAUUUGCAUACCUGCAUAUGUGCAACUUUGAGACAGACGCUUGGGAAAGGGAUCUAUUCUUCUGAAGGUGCUGAAGGCAAAACCGGCUAAAAAUGAACUAUCUGGCACCGUUAGGACGGGUUUUUGGAAAUUUGAAGGGGUUCUACAGUGGAAUAAAUGGAGCCACAUUGACAGGUGCGAUUGACGUUGUAGUCGUUGAACAGGAAGACGGCAGUUUCAAAUGUUCUCCAUUCCACGUUCGUUUUGGAAAAUUAGGAGUUCUCAGGAGUAAGGAGAAGGUGGUGGACAUUGAAGUCAACGGUGUUUCGGCACCGAUUCGCAUGAAACUAGGUGAUUCCGGAGAAGCUUUCUUCGUAGAGGUUGAUUUUGAUCUCGACGAUGAAAACCUGGCGACUUCACCUCUUCCUGGAUCUCCCCGUCAGUUAGGAUUUGAUAGUCAUCUCCCAGAAAGCGUUAUUGAAGAAGUGGAUCCAUCCAACGGCGAUAAUGAAGUAGUCAUUGCAAUUGAAGACGAGGAGAAGGACGAAUCCUCUAUUCAUGGUAUACACAGUAGUGCCAGUACGCCAAAUUUGUUAGAAACUGCAGGGAAGAGUGAUGAUUUGAAGGGUAGAAAGCGUAGAAAGAAACGCAGGAGAAAUCAGGGGUCUAAGAGCGAUAUAAAAAUUGACAUGAAUGAUGCUGUCGGGUGCCCGGAGACCAGUGAACCUAUUUUUAAAAUGGAUGAUGAUUUAACUGGAGUAUCUGAUGCGCUAAAGUCUCUCGAAAACGGAAGCAUUUCGCAUAGCCGUAGUUUUCAUCGAGAUUUCUUCUCCGACACUGAAAUUGAUCCAACCAACACCCCACCCAAUUCUCGUCCAAAUACUCCCAUCCAGUCUGACUCUGAAUACGAAAUUAGUAAAGUUCAUAAGAAGGAUGCAGAUGACGAUGGUGAAGUUAGUAAAUGGGUGUGGGGUGAACUACCUUCCACUGGGAACACUACCCCAACCACCACGCCAAUGGGAUUCCCUGGGGGAUUGCAAAACACAGGUGGAAGAAAGACCCCAGCAAAACAUGCCGAUCAAACUGCCCUUUCCAGUGAUGAUGAGGGGUCUAAAGAUAGAAAUGAAAAUAAGUCAAUGCUCGCUGGUAUGUUUUCUUUCAUGAAUCGAAAUAAAAGUGGUGGAGGCGAUGACCCAAAUGCAUCCGGAGUCUAUCUGGACGACCUAAAUGUUGAAAACAUGGACCCUGAGGUUGCAGCAUUAUAUUUCCCAAACUUCCAUCAACAUAGAAAGUCUUCAAAAACUGAUCAGGAAGAAGAUGGGGAAUCUGGAAAAGGAAGUUCUCUACCUCAGUCACCUGCACCAGGCUCAUCCCCUAAAACCUCAAAUCUAGAGGAACAUAUAGAAGAAAGACGACGAAAUGAAUCGUCUUCCAGCGAAAUUCAAUCAAAGUUUGAGGCAAUUUCAUUUUGCGGAAGCUCUCUAAAUUUAUUUGAACAGUCACAGUUGUCGUAUGACGAGUUGGUUGAAAAUCCUGAAGUCCUGCUGAGUACACCUCCAGAAUCCAUUGUUGUUAAAAUUGACGGGAAGCUGGUACCUUGGACUGCUGCAUUACCUCAAUUACUAUCCACUACCUUUUUCAAACAACCAUUACCUUCAAGCGUAUAUCACAAGCUUAUUGAGCAUGGUAUGAAGAAAGAAGAGGAUGCUGCUAGUUUAGAAAGUUCUAUAAAUAGCUCAUCAUCAAUAGGAGACAAAGAUGUAGCUGGGGCUAGAAAAGAGAAAUUCUCUUCUUGGUUCCCCUGGAGGAGAAACCAAGAAGGAACUGAAACUUCUGAAACUCACUCUUCUAUUAAAGGAAAAGAGUCUCCAAAAGGGAAAUCUUCGCCAUCAAAAACCAACAAUCAACAAAUACAAUCAGUAACUUCAUCUUCUGACGAGUCUGAGGGAACAGGGGGACAAGAAAACAAGGCUCCACGAACACGUAUUCCUGGGACCAUGCCCAUUUUGAUUCAAGACUCAAAUAACGUUUCAGAAAAGUUCAAAAAAACUCUGAGAUUAACUUCAGAACAAAUCAAAGCCUUGGGCUUGAAUUAUGGCCAGAACGAGGCAGUUUUUAGUGUUACCACGGCCUAUCAAGGCACAACUGUUGCACGAUGUCACAUUUACUUGUGGAAAUAUGAUGACAGAGUAGUCGUUUCUGAUAUUGAUGGAACAAUUACAAAAUCUGACGUACUUGGUCACAUAUUGCCAAUCAUUGGUAAUGACUGGUCUCAAUCAGGAGUCGCUCAAUUGUUUACACAGAUUCAUGCAAACGGGUAUAAAAUGCUGUAUCUCUCUGCGAGAGCUAUUGGACAAGCACAAGUCACUAGAGAAUACUUAAGAUCCAUUCGGCAAGGAGACGUUACGUUGCCUGAUGGACCACUUCUUUUAAAUCCAACAUCGCUCAUGGCGGCGUUUCACAGAGAAGUAAUCGAAAAGAAACCUGAAGAGUUUAAAAUCGCUUGCUUGAAGGAUAUUCAGACGUUGUUUCCUCGUAAUCCUUUCUAUGCUGGAUAUGGAAAUCGCAUAAACGAUGUGUGGUCAUACAGAGCAGUUGAUAUCAACAUCUCACGAAUAUUUACCAUUAAUCACAAGGGCGAACUGCGACAUGCCCUUACAAAUACUUUCCAGUCCUCAUACCUUGGUCUGAGUCAUAUUAUUGAUGACAUUUUUCCAAGGUACAAUUCGCUAAACAGUGUUGUGUCGGCUGAAUCGAGAAUCGGUACAAUUCAAAAUUUUCAGUUUCGAAUGAGUUGUUGGGUUUUUGUGAGAUUUUUCUUAAGUUCCAGUGUGGUGUGCUUAUUUACAUCACAAUAUUUAUUAAGUUUUGAAGUUUUUAAUCUGACAAACCGAUGUGACUCUGUUGUAUAUGCAUACGGGAGUUUUAGACAAUUCAUCAGUUUUAAUUUACUUCAAACAUGUGUACCGUAAAAUCGGACAACCUUGCUGAUUGUGGACUAAUUUUCAUGUUAACAGUUGUGUAUUUUGGAAAAUUUCUAAAAUAUUGUCUUCUUAAUUUCAUUAUAAAUU